AUGGACACCGAUAUAUGUCCAGAUGGUGAUACACGCACCGAGAAGGAGAUGGUCGUCAAACUCAUAGUCGCCCAUUUCACAGCCAUCGUCGCCUUCUGCAAUUGGCAGUCCCUACGCAAUGAACGUCUCGACACCAUUGAACCAAUCCUAUUCCUUCUAUCGCCCUUGAUAGUGAUUGCACAAACAACUCUCGGUGUCAUAAUUAUCAACAUAUCCUUGAUCUACGACGUCGCUUGGUCUCCUAAAUCCUUUCAAAUCCACUUCGAAACCUACGCGCGACGAUGGAACACGCUAUUCGGAAAGAAACCCUUACCACCUUGGCGAACACCAACGGGCUUAUUGGAAGCAAGGCAAUCUCGCUUCGGAAGUGCUUGGAUACGACUUGGAAGAGCGAUAGCAAUCUUUGCAACGCUUUUCCAAUUCGCGGCUACGAUAUUUCUCUACCAGCGCCGGAAAGAUCUACAUGGCUGGGAAUCGCUUACGGUUCUUGAUCAUCGAACAUUCGAGCUAUCCCUCGGCGGCGCCGCUGUUUCAAUUCUAUCUCUUGCGCUGCUUCUCAAACUUCCGGGCUGUGGACAGAUGCCGGAAACGCUGUACAUCCCAGAGUACAAACCAGAUCCCGCUGUUAUCUUCUGCCGCGGUGAUUCACGCCGUUGUCCAAGCUGGUAUCAGAUCCUCUACGCUUCAGAUAUUGGAUCCGCAACAUCAGCUGCGACAUGGCUAGCCUGCGUUCUAUCAUCAACAUACAAAGGCGAAUCUAUGCCUUUUAACUUCCUGUCUCCGUUGUACGAAGGGAUCUACACAGAAUUCACUCGCGUAUUCUCGCUCCAGAUUUCACUGCCGGUAUUUUAUCUGCUCGUCGCAGCCUACUUCGCAGCAUUCUUCACUAUCCCGAACCUGUAUAAAGGACCAGGGUUUCAGAAUCUGCAUACUCUCUGGACCAUUGUACCAGCUGUCCUUGUGGUGGUGGCCGUUGUGCUUGUUUUUUUCUGCAUGUUUAUGCUCAUGAUUAUGCCAGCUGUCAUGGUUCUAAUUCCUUCUCUUAUUAGCGGUCCCGGGUCCAUUUUCACGAUGAAGGGGUAUGAGACUCGGGCGAUGUUUUCGCAGCCGCCGUUUACACCAGUGAUGAAUGAGACGGAUUGCCUUUUGCUGUGGAAGGAUCCUGCGGCGGAGUAUUUAUGGUCUCUCGUAUAA